AUGUCAGCGAUAUUAUCAACUACUAGCAAAAGUUUCUUAACAAGAAACUCUGCCAGAUCAUGCCAAAAUACGCAAAAGGCUCUUUUCGCGCUGUUAAACGCUCGCCAUUACAGUAGCGCCUCUGAACAAACGUUAAAGGAGAGAUUUGCUGAAAUUAUUCCAGCAAAAGCAGAAGAAAUUAAAAAAUUUAAGAAAGAACAUGGUAAAACUGUCAUUGGUGAAGUUCUACUGGAGCAAGCUUAUGGUGGUAUGAGAGGUAUCAAAGGCCUUGUUUGGGAAGGUUCAGUUUUAGAUCCUGAGGAAGGUAUCAGAUUUAGGGGUCGUACCAUUCCUGAAAUUCAAAGGGAACUACCAAAGGCUGAGGGAAGUACUGAACCUUUACCAGAAGCUCUAUUUUGGUUACUUUUGACGGGUGAAAUACCCACCGAUGCUCAAGUCAAAGCUCUUUCUGCAGAUCUAGCUGCCAGGUCAGAAAUUCCAGAGCACGUCAUCCGACUUUUAGAUAACCUGCCAAAGAACCUACAUCCAAUGGCACAAUUUUCUAUUGCAGUAACUGCUUUGGAAAGUGAAUCUAAGUUCGCCAAAGCAUAUGCUCAAGGUGUUUCUAAGAAGGAGUACUGGAGCUACACCUUUGAAGAUUCGUUGGACUUACUGGGUAAGCUACCUGUCAUUGCCUCCAAAAUUUACCGCAAUGUAUUCAAAGAUGGAAAAAUUACAUCUACCGAUCCUAAUGCCGACUACGGUAAAAACCUAGCUCAGCUUUUGGGUUAUGAAAACAAAGAUUUUAUUGACUUGAUGAGACUAUAUCUAACAAUUCAUUCCGAUCAUGAAGGUGGUAAUGUCUCUGCUCACACCACACAUUUAGUGGGUUCUGCCUUGUCUUCGCCUUACCUAUCUUUAGCCGCUGGUUUGAACGGUUUAGCUGGCCCAUUGCAUGGACGUGCCAAUCAAGAAGUUUUAGAAUGGCUAUUUAAAUUGAGAGAAGAAGUGAAAGGGGAUUAUUCGAAAGAAACAAUUGAAAAGUACUUGUGGGACACUUUGAAUGCAGGAAGAGUUGUUCCAGGUUAUGGCCAUGCUGUCUUAAGGAAAACCGAUCCUCGUUAUAUGGCUCAACGUGAAUUUGCAUUGAAACAUUUCCCAGACUAUGAAUUAUUUAGGCUAGUCUCCACUAUUUAUGAUGUUGCCCCAGGCGUUCUAACCAAGCACGGCAAGACCAAGAAUCCAUGGCCAAAUGUUGAUUCGCAUUCCGGUGUUUUAUUGCAGUACUAUGGCCUAACAGAGGCUUCGUUCUAUACUGUACUGUUUGGCGUUGCCAGGGCCAUUGGUGUGUUACCUCAGUUAAUCAUCGAUAGAGCUGUUGGUGCUCCAAUUGAAAGGCCAAAGUCAUUCUCCACCGAAAAAUACAAGGAGUUGAUAAAGAAGAUCGAAAGUAAAAAUUAA